AUGGCGAAUCCAUUCGAUGAUGAUUACAAGAGCAGCAGUGCAACGGGCACUACCAAGUUAAAGAGCUAUACUAUGCGCUCGGAUAACAUUGAAGAUGAAGCAGAUUACUAUGAACGAGAGAUUGAAAAGUAUAUGCAAGAAUCUUUGGACAGCACAGAAAGAUCAAGGCGUCACUUAGAAAACUCAGAGAAAAUUGGAGCUCAAACCGCUCAGGAUUUGUUGGAACAGCGUGAGAAGUUAGAAAGGACUGAACGUAAUCUUGACGAGAUCCAUAGGACAACGCAGAUUACACAACGUAAUCUGAACAGUUUGAAAUCUGUUUUUGGCGGAUUUUUCAAGAAUAAGUUCAGCCGUAAGCCGCCAGAUGCGGUGGCUGAGAUGCCGCAGUCUAAAUCAGCAUCCAAACUGGCGGAUACAGUCGGGGAUAUUAAUACGGGUGGAUCGUCAGCUUCCUUUUCUGGAACAACUAGUGGACAACAGUCCACAUUGAGCGAAACAAGCCGAAAUGCCAUCAAAGGCACCCGAUGGGAGGUGAUGGACAAUCAGAUAGAUGAGAACCUCGAUGCUAUGUCGAAGAAUCUUCGUAAUUUGCGACGUUUGGGUGAAGAUUUGGGACGUGAGGUUGAUGAACAGAAUCAGAUGCUUGAUCGAAUUCAAACAAAAGCAGAUCGCAACGAUGCUAUUGUUCGUGUACAGGAUAAACAGAUGCAAAAGAUUUUGGGAUCUGAGGCAAAAGCCGAGGAAUCUGUUGGAGCAAAUUUGACGCCAAGUAUGGAUUCCACGACGAAGAUGUCGCUGGCGAUGAAAGCGACGAGCUUCUUUCGCUAA